AUUACCAUCAUCACUAUGCUGAAUCGAUUUACAUCAUAUAUCAAAUACGAAGGGUCUAUAAAACGUGCUUUCCAUAGCAACAGUCGAAUAGCCAAAAAUGCUACUGAUUUGCCAAAACCAAAACCGAAAGCUAUUCUACGUAGAACAGCUGCAGAGCAAUCUGCACCAGUUCGUUCAAAGCUCGUGUAUUCGCCUGGUAGAAGUGAUGUUAUGCCAGUGAACGCUUUCUCUACAGCAGAGCGCUAUGAUUUUGCAGCCUUGGCAGCUGGUCUUAAAUCAUUUAAUUCAUACUUAGUCCCAGAUACAGACGGUGCGAUUUACAUCCCAUUAGAAAAUGGUAAAAAGGAAGUUUUUGUCUUCAGAUCAGGAAGUUUCGUUACCUGGGGUAUGGACUCCUCACAAGGUGAACGCUUUCUUCGUCAAGUCAUCAGACGAGGUAACUCUGUCAGUACGAACAGUCUACAGAAAGUAUUAGUUGCAAGUGGAAGAUGGAAAUGGACAGGAAAGAAUGAAGAUAAUGGUACUGCAGGUUGGGUCGAAAAAAAUCGUUAUCUCGACUACGAAACAGAACAGUUAGACUAUGUCAUUGAUCCAUCAGAAUCUACUAGACUACAAGGUGACUUGAUCGUCCUUGGAAAAGAGGCUGAGCUCAACACUUCACUUUCAACAUCAAUCCAGAGCUUGACACCUACUGGUGCACAAUUGCAGGACACCAUAUACCCUGUUUUACUUUCAAAAUACGCAUUUUCACAUGCAUUGAGUCGUAGUGCAAAACUUUCAGCUCUGGAGUCUCAAUUAUCAACUUAUCUUUCAAAAGUAUCAUCAAUUCCUGCGUAUUUAGCAUUGAAUGGGCACAUACCACCUGAGAUGGAUAGAAAGGCCAUCGCUAGUAGUAUGGGAGAGUUGUUAAGGUUUAGACAGGGAUUGAAUCUUGAGCUUGACAAUGAAGGUGAGAACUUCUGGGGAGUACCAGACGUUUUAUGGGAUGAGCAAGUCCUAGAGAGUUACUUCCAACAAGUUUCUGAAGUACUUGACAUAAAGCCACGUGUUGACGCCGUUAAUCAAAAGAUUACAUAUGCAGCAGACGUCCAAGCAACGUUGAGAGAUUAUUUACAAACUCAAACAAGUCAUAGGAUGGAAUUGAUCAUCAUUGCUUUGAUUACAGUUGAAGUGGCUUUAGCUAUCAUAACCCAUGGUAGAGAGAUAUAUCUGGUUAUGACUGAGAGCGAAGAUGAUCAGAAUAUGAAGGAGGAGCAUCAGACUGAGAAGAGAGUUGCAUAAGUGGAGUUUCCAACAUUAAUAACUGAACAUUAUUGUAAUAGACACUUAUGUAAUGACUUAAACUCAACAAAUUCUUAUAUUCAAAGUCUGGAAUGUCUUCUAGAACGAUACCUUUGGUAAAGUGAUGAGUAAUUUCAUCAGAUUUGAAAUCUGUAUGCUGAUGUUCUAGGUUUGAUUUUGAAAAUGUAUACAGAGGAUGAUCCAUUAUUCUGAAUUCAUGCCAGUCUCGUGUUCUAAGCUUAAUUACCCGAUUGAAAUGUAUUAUCAGAUCAAAAUCUUCGAGUAGCUGAUCUUUUCUGAGAGUUAAAGCUAGUUUAAAGGGCAAUAAAACCUUUGUAGGGAAUGAAGCAACAUUUGGUACUUGCAUAACUACGCUAAUAAGUGAUCUGUUAUAUGUCACAGUAUUCAACAAUUUCCGAAAAUCAACAACAUCUAUAGUAUUCGUGGUUGAUUUAAUGAGAUCAAACUUGAAAUUGACUUUCUUUGUCCUUUUGAAUAGUUUCCUAUAGUCUAUGCAUAGAACCAACUCAUAUGCUGCCUCAACUUUGACAUCAUCAAGCGCGUACUUGAACGUAGGCACGAGAUUAUCACUCAUACUGAAACUAUAGUCAAAUGAGUUCGCGCGUUCAUCAAGUGAUUGCUGAAUAUUAUGUGUCUCCACAUUAUAAAGCGAUAUUAUAUCAUCAACAAGCUUCAAACUCCUACUAAAUUCAGAUGUACGUAAGUGCAAAUCGCCACUAAGCUUCAAGUAAAUCUCUUUAACGUCUUUGAAUUCAUCUAUCGUAAUUUUACCUUGAAGUUU